AUGAAUACGGCUAGCGGUAACGUGAGUACAACUUUACAGGAUCAUGAACGAUUGAACAAACUACUUGAAAUAAAUAGCCAUCUGUUAUGGAGAUGUGCCGAGUUACAUCAGAUAAAAAAAUUGUACGCUAGCGAUGCAGACAUACAGAGUAAAAUGGCUAUAAUGCUUACAAGGUACAUGAGACGCAUCAAAGACAACCUUGCAUUCUUGGCGUCUUUGGCUUCAGGGCGACAAACACAAACCACGUUACCUCCUUUGACUUGCCCUGAAGGCAUGCCUUAUUUAGAACCUCAUUAUGAGGUGCUUCGACAGAUGUUUCAAAAGUCGCAAUCCAAAGCACCUUCUUACCCAGUACAAAAUGCAGAGUCCAAUCCUCAGAACUCACCUUACGGUCAUUUUAACUCUACAAGCUUGGAUAAUUCUUUUCCAAACAAAUCUUUUGAUAACGGAGCGAAUCCCAAUGGACAACGUGCCUCACCGACAGUCGUGAAUACCUUACGAUCGCAACAAGAUUUAAUGAACUCUUAUAAUUCUUACCCGCAAACCCAAUACUCUAUAAUGAAUCCAACGAUGGCCCGAAACUCAACGGACAUGCGUCCUCCUGUGGCAGCCACAAGGACUACUCCCGAUACCAUUCAACUAAACAAUGCUCCACAAAAUGUUUACAGUCAAGAUAUGUAUUCAAAUAUGCAGCAAAAAUUACCUGAUUCUGGUCAACAACAUGUUCCAAUGUUUAAUCAAUAUCAACAGAACAUUUACCCAAAAUGA